UAUUACACCGAACACGCCUCCCACCUUCGGUCUUCUCUCAAAAAGCCCACCCCAUAAACUCAACAAGUAUACAAGAACACACACUCACACACACUCACCCAAAUCCCAAAAUCUCUCUUUUUCAACCUUCAGUCACCCCAUCUGUAAAGUUUCACACUUUCACAUGCUCUCCAUCUUCAUCCCUGUGAAUCUUUAUCUUCAGGCUGGACACCAACUUUCAAACCCUAACAUGCUUUCAUAAUGCGAUCCGAAGCCAACGGAUUUCAAUCUUUCAACAUCAACCAAAAUAUUAUAAAGAAACAGUGUGUUUUAGUUUGUAAUGGGUCGAGAUGAUGCUCAUCCAAUGGGUUUCUUGCCACCAACCGAAGCUCCGUCAUUGUACUCGCAAGAACAAAGAGAUGAUCAUUGGAGACAUUUUGAUAAAUCUGUAAAUGCAAUCUCUUUUGGGUUUGUUGCCACUGCCAUCUUGAUCUCCAUGUUUCUUGUUAUGGCCAUUUUUGAGAGGUUUCUCAGAACCACGUCGCCGGUGCUGUCUCCCGGCGGUGGCGGUGCUCGUGGCCGGAAUGCUGCCGGAGAUGUUGGUUCUCAGAUGGGUUUCAAUUCAAAACUCGCUAACUCCUCCUUCAAGAUAUCUGAAAAUGCAAGAGAGGUUUCGGUGUUGAUGCCAGGCGAACAUGUUCCAACGUUUAUAGCUCAACCAGUGCCGUGUCCGUCAGGGCGUAUUCCAUGGUCGCCGGACCCACAUGUCAUGUAUCCGAAGCUCACUUCAAGCUCAAAUUUUCAAUCAAAUUGCUAAAAUUCCCAUUUUACCCUUGUCUUCUUUUUAAGAUACAUUGCUAGAAUUUGAAGAGUGCAUGGUUUGAUUCUCCAUCCAUGGCUCAUGAGUUAAUAGAGUAUAACCCUAAUAUUCAUGGGUUUGUUUUGUAAAUAUUGUUAGUUGUGAAAUUACGAAAAUGACCUUGGACUA